AGUUGUCUCAUCAUGUAAAUAAAAUAAAAUUUAUUUCUGUAUGAUCAAACAUGGGGAGUGAAGUAAUAAACCCCAUCAAGACACGGUUCGACAUAAGCAUGUCGAGAAGAACCCGAAAGCCAUGGUCAAGUCUCAUCAACGAGCAACAAGAGGUCCAAGACUUAUCCACGCAAAGCUCACAACCAGAGAAAGAACAAGAACAAGAGGAAGACCAAGAGGUUGAUCGUAAGAGUUUGAACAAUCUGAUGCGAUGCGAGCAAGAAACGAAUGAAGAAGCUCAAGUUAACAACAAGAGCUCUCUAGGUCAACAUUUCGGGGACGACAAGGGGAUCAAGCAGACGAUGCAAUUGGUGGUGAAGAAAGAAAAGCAAGGUGGUGAAAAUGGUGUGAAAUUCAAAGGUAUGAUGGGUCGAUAUGUUAAGGUCUUGAGCGGUUUGAUAAAGGCCAAACGUGACCGCAAAACAUCGGUAUUACGGUUCAAAACUUAAUUUACAUUCACAUACAUACGUUCAUGUGCGUGAUCAUAUAUACGCGUAUAUUUAGUUAUUACUUAUUAGAUAUGUUUCGCGUACGUACGUAUUAUUGAUGUGCAGGUAUGUUGUUGACAUAUUGGUUUUGACUUUUGAGAGUGUAAUUAGCACCAUUUAGUUUUGAGUGUCUUUUUUAUAUAUAUAAGAAUCUCUUGUGUUUUGUUUUGAGCUCUUGCCAAUUUUUCUUUUUUUUUUGU